AUGCAAGUACAAGAUUAGCAGCUUAAAAUUGAAAAUUUAGCUCAUGCAUAGUAAGAAUAAAACUCGAAAUAAGUGUAAUUCAAUUAAUAAAAUUGGAAUCCUCAUCAAUCUAGUGAUAUUGAAACGGCAAACACUACUUUGAAAAGCAAUAACCUUAAUAAUGGAUAGAAUUCUCCUGGCGGAAUGCAAUUAGAGUCAUCAACAAGCUAAGUAAUUCCCUAAGAUUUAACUUAAUAGAAAAAUGAUUCUAUUGAAAUCGAAUAAAACUCUUCGAAAGGUAUACAAAUAAGUGUAAGAGAUAGUAAAAAUGAAUAAUAUUCGCCUAAUAGGAGUAUUUUGUUGUUAAAAUAAUCCUCUAUUUUAAGUUCUUCUUAGUAAGCAAACUCUGGAAAACAAGUUUUGUAAGGAGAAGGGAUGGAGACAAAUUCUCCAACUAGAAGUAUAAGAUCAUCUAAAUCAAAUCGUUCUAGCAUUCUUACAAUAAAACAAACUAAUAGUAACAGAUCAUCGAUGGAAUAAGAAUUGAAAACGGGAAAUAGUCUGUAUGAAAAAAAGAGAGCUAGAUAUUGCUAUAUUAAAAAUUGGGAAGACAAGCGUAUUUAAGUAACAUCAAUUUUUAAUAAUAUUUAUUGCAAUAUAAGCGAGAAUCUUGUAAAGAUUGCAAGUCAAAGUCAUUAGUUUAUAGAUACCUUCCUUACAUUUUUAAAAGAAACAUAAAUACAAAUGGCUCAAUUUGCUAAAUCUCCUCUAACUCAGCUGGGAUAAGCAUAUAGCUAUUCUCCAUAAAUAAACAAUGUGAGCUAUUCCUCAAUAAAUAAGAUUUUUAAAUAAAUUUCAAGUUUGGAAAGCACUGUAGGCUUAAAUAGUCAACAGUUAUCUGCUUACAUAGAUUAGAGCAUUAUUCGUCCCUACCUAUUGUCAGAUAAGAAAAACUUUACCUAAAAAUUUGAAGCAUUUCAAACUACUUUAAAAGAAAAACAAUCAAGAAUCCAUAAAUUAGCGAAAAUAGCUGUGAGCACAUACGAUGAAUUUACAAAUAGCUUUAAGGAAAUGAAUUAACUAUAGCUCAAAGGAAAAGAUUCAAAAAAAGAUUUUUACUAUCAAGAACUCUUAUACAUGCAUCAUGCAAAUGAACAUUUUGAAAAUUUAAGAGAAUUUGGUCUUUAUGUAUUUAGAUUUGUAGAAGAAUUAGAAUAGUUGUAACUAAACAGAAUAAACAAUAUAAACUAAGCUCUUACACUUUAUGUGUAAAAAAGGUCAUAAAUGAUAGAUGGAAUAGAGAAUUCGAAUUAUAUACUUUAAAUGUUAAAUUAAGUGCAAUCAGAAAUGCAGAAAAACGUGAUAAAUAUAGAAUAGCUUUUAUAACCCGAGUAAGCUAAUUAUAUUAAAAAAUGUUAUUCUAAAGACGAAAUAGAUAUGUAAAUUUUGAAAUAGUUUGCUAUGGAUUUCCAAUUAAAAACACCAGGGGAAAAAAAUCUUGUAAUUAAAGAAUUUACAGCCUAGCAGAUAGAAAAAGAAAAUAAUCCAAAAAAGGAAUGGAGAGAUUGUUCUAUUAUUUUAACUGUAGACAACUAUUUGAUAAUCUCCCCUGGGUUACUUGAUUCAUUUUCAAAGCCUAAUUCCACAAUAUAUUUACCACUUUCUAAAGCCAUUUUUAAUAAAGAAUAAAUGAUCGUCACCAUAGUUGAGACAACCAAAAAGCUCUUUUGGAAAUCAAAAAAAUCUUACAAUUUUAAAAUUUAACAUGAAUUCGAUGCUAAUGAAAUAACUUCAUUUUUAUAAGAUAACUCUCACGUAUUCAAUUAAAAAAGUAAAGAAGCAAUAAAUAGCCCUCCAGAAAUAAUUACCCUCUCAAACAACCAAUAAAAAUGA